CAAGCAGUGAAGAGGGGGCGGGGUCGCGCUGCCAGCGCUCGAGCACGGGUCGGGUCGGUGGUGGAGACGCGUAAAAUGGCCGCUGUUCCCAGCGCCGUCGAGGCACGGUGCAUCACAGAUUUGCGUGUCGUAGAUCUCAAAUCAGAACUUAAACGGCGGAAUCUAGACAUAAGUGGUGUCAAAAAUGUUCUCAUUGCAAGGCUGAAACAGGCAAUAGAAGAGGAGGGAGGUGAUCCUGAUAACAUUCAGCUUUCUGAAACGCCGUCAAAGAAAACACCUAAAAGCAAAGGGAGGAAACAAGAUACUGAUGAAGCUGGAGGUGAUGUCAGCACAGAAGAGGAUGGUAAUAGCAAGGUGGAAGCUGAUAUGGAAGCAAUUCAGAGUGAUUUUCAGGAUAUAAGUGAUCAAGAUGGACUUGAGGAACGCAAAAUCAGUGAAACCAAGGAGGAAAAUGGUGAUUCAUUCACUGGACGAUUGCCUGUGAGUGCAGGUGAACCUGGUGCUGAAACUCUGGAUGAGGGAGAACCAGAAGACCAGGCGGAGGAAAAUGAAGAGUUUGUUCUUGAAGAACUGGAUGUCCUUCUAAAUGAAGAGGAAGCUGAAGAGGAUGAGAAUGAAAAAGAUGUAGAUGAUAUAGAUGACGGUUCUCGUGAAGUGUCUAAAUUUCUACCUUCAGAACAAGGCCUUGCAGAGGCACAGCAAACAAUUCAAGAUGAAACUGAACCUAAUGCAUCUUUGAAAGAAGUGGAUGAUGACAAUAUAUCAGUCACAAUCCAAGCAGAAGAUGCCAUCACAUUAGACUUCGAUGGUGAUGAUCUCUUGGAAACAGGUAAAACAAUGAAAAUUCCAAAAUGUGAGAAUAAAACCGUUGCUGAAAAGGAUUCCCAGUCCCAGGACGAUAUGAAGGGAGAAGUCAAAAUUGAGGGAAAGAAAGAAAAAAUCCAUAAGGAAGGAAGAAAGGAGGAGGGAUCUAAAGCAGAGUCAGCGAAGAAGGAGACCAGAGAAGGGUCCAGAAAAGCUGAAGCUGGAGAGAAAGAGAAAGAUUCUUCAAAGAAAGGCCUCUCAUCUGGGGCAUCCGGUCAAGCAAAGAGUUCAAGUAAGGAUUCGAAAGAUAAGACUACUUCUAAAGAUGAAAAAGGAGGUGGUAAUAGCAGUACCGGGACCAGCAGUGGCAGCAGUAGCAGUUCAUCCAAGAACCUGUGGAUCAGUGGCUUGUCCUCCAAUACCAAAGCAGCUGAUCUAAAAAAUGUGUUCAGUAAAUAUGGCAAGGUUCUGAGCGCCAAAGUAGUAACCAAUGCACGGAGUCCUGGUGCUCGGUGUUAUGGAUUUGUAACCAUGUCUUCGAGUGCAGAAGUGACUAGGUGUAUAUCUCACCUUCAUCGCACAGAGUUGGAUGGACAGCAGGUUUCUGUUGAGAAAGUUAAAAAUGAUCCCUUUAAAAAAGAGUCCACUACAAAAGAUGGGACUGGGAAGAUGAGUUCAAGCAGAAAUAGUAGUGAUAAAAAGUUUUCGACUAGUGGAAAGGCCAGCAGCAGGAGCCAAAUUUCUUCCAAAAAAGAGGAUAAGAAAACUGACAAACCUGGGGACAGAAAAGAGAACAAGGAUGGGUCAGGCUCCACAAAGAAAGCAGAAAGUAAAAAGGAUGAGAAGGAAUGCUCAAAGAGUAUUAACCAUGGACAUUCCAAAAAAAUGGAUGAGAAGAGGCAAAAGAAUGUGAAGAGUCCUCAUCGGAUGGUGGUUAUUGACAUGGCUAAAGGUGAACCAGUUGUUAGCGUAAAAACUGCAAAGAAAGUCAAAAGUGAUCAGGCAUCAAGUUCCAGAAGUAGAGAAAAACGUGUUGUAACUAAACUAAACUUCAAGGAUAGAAAGGAUAUUCUGUCAUUUGAGAAAAUAAAACAACAAAAAACUCGUGAGCGUUUAAUCCGAGUGGAGCGCAUUCGGCGUGCAAUAGAAUUAAGAAGGUGUCGCGAAAUAGCUGAAAGACAGCGACGUGAACGAGAACGCAUUCGUAUGAUUCGUGAACGUGAGGAACGUGAUCGGUUGCAGCGAGAGAGAGAGCGAUUAGAAAUUGAGAAACAAAAGCUUGAAAGGGAAAGGAUGGAACGUGAACGAUUAGAAAGAGAACGCAUACGUAUAGAACAGGAACGCCGUAAGGAAAUAGAGCGCAUUGCCCGAGAACGUGAAGAACUCCGUAGGCAACAAGAGCAACUCCGGUAUGAACAAGAAAGAAGAAAUUCUUUAAAAAGGCCACAUGAUGUAGACAGUAGGCGUGAUGAACCCUAUUGGAAUGAUCAUAAAAGGAGGGCCAUGGACAAUGAUGUCCGUUUUAGUCAAAGUUCAGAAUAUAAUCGCCAAGACACAAACCGUUACAAUGAUUUUGACCACAGGGUGUCGUCUGCAUUUGAUCGACGGGGAGAUCGUUAUAACAAUCAAGGAGAUGGGAAAAAGAAUCGUUCUGGUAGAAACAGAGAGGAUCCUACUUAUAACAGGUAUCCAAAACCCUAUAAUGAUUCCAGAAGACCAAGUUCUCAACAGCGAAAUGAACUUCAUGGAAAUAAUGAGCGUAGAGAAAUUCGGGAUCGCGAUGACCGUCGAACUGUAACAAUUGAGGAUCGGUCUGGAGGCACCAGGGGACAUCUGGAAAAGAUGUCACCAUCAAGAAGCUUCCCUGAUAGAGCUCGGAUUGAUAACCAUGGAGUCCAGCACAGUCGACCAAGUCAUAAUUCUUCUAGACCCAGUGGUUGGAAGCCAAGUGGAGGUUUAACCUCUACGAAACGUGAAUUGAGGAAUUCAAGAGAGAGAGAGCGUGUACGGCCAGAGAGGUCUGGGCAGAAUAUACGAAGUGGCCCACCAAGUGGUCACAGCGGUAUGGCUGGGUACAGCAGCCGAGAUGGAGGAAGGUCAUCUAUUGGGGACAGAAGCAAUAAUCCUCAGGCAUCCCAUUAUCAUGAAAACCGGCAUGUAGUGAUAGCACGUCAUGGGCGAGAUGCGGAAGGACAACGGAGCAGUUGGCAUUCUGGACCCAGUUCUCAAAGCGCUGGAUAUCAAGACGUGCGACGAAUGAGUGACCCGCGGGGUUCUGGCAUGAUGCCACCGUCCAGUCCUGUGGCAAACAGAAUUGUGCAGAUCACCAACAACACAAUGCAAGGAGGCAAUGUUUCAGGCUCCAAAGGACUGCAUGGAUCAGAUGCUCGUUUUAAGCCAUUCAAAAGGGGUGCUCCACGAAGAUUCUAAUCCAGUUGUUUGCAACUGACUGUUCUUGUUUUUAGAUUUACCUAGUGUUUGUAGAUAUAUUCAGCCUGUACAAUCUACUAUGUUUUCACUUUUUUUCCUUUCUUGAACAUUAAUAGGUCUGUUUUAAAAAAUAUAUAAUUUCAUGACUGACCUUUUUGCUGUUUUUUAUAGCAGUACAGCUAUAGAAAAUAAAAAAGUCACUUUUAUUUUCAAUCUGAUUUGUGUAAAUGUCUUGUGUUGGAAGAGAGCUCGACAGUGGAACCCCAAUUAUCAGCUAGUACAGGGAUUGGGUGGGGAAUUCCUUCUCCAUGGAUAAUGGAAGUUGGAUGUUUGACAGGCUCUAUUCUUAGUGAGCUUUGGAGUAUCCUCCCGGUGCCCUAAUCAACCUGCUAGAACACGUAAAUCUCAGCCAAAAGUGGGGCAGAUCUUGUUUCUGGUAGCCUUGACUCUUCAUUUCUUGUCCCCUAAAUUUUGGCUUUGUGGGUAAUAAAGAUUAACCCAAAGACGUAACCACUCAUAAACGCAGCUGAAUCGAGAAUGAUUUGAAAGAUUAAUUUAUAAACUGUAAUUGGAAUUCCAUGAAUAAUUGAGAAAUGCAUAAAGGAAGCACAGAUAACUGAGGCUCCACUGUAUGGUCAAUUAUUCAAAACUUAGUUGACAAUUGUGCAAUUCUCUAUCUUAAGUAAUGUAGUUAACUCAUUCUACAUUAACAAACAGGACACAGGGAGAAAUUGCAGGCUCCAUCUUUUUGCAAAAUAGCAUAUUUAUUGAGAAUUAAUUUUCUACAUUUACCAGUCACAGUUUAAAAUAUUAGUUUUUCCUCAAAGGAUUGUUCUGUACAAGUUCACCUGUAUGAAUGUGGCAUUGAUGCUAGAAAGAUGUAUGCUUAGAUUUUGCAAUAAAUCCUCAUGACAUUA